AUGGGCCAAGCAGCGCAACGGUUGCAACCUUGCAAAUCCCACCACCUCAGCCCGAAAUCGGAGCUUCGAUGCUUGUGUCCCAAGAUCGACUUCGCAGGCACAAACACGCUUCCCAAUGCGUGUCUCCACAGUACUGUGUCCCCCCAUUGGCUCACAACCCUGAAAGCAACACAAUUGCAGAGCCUAGCGCGAGCAACGGGCAUCCAAUCGUCUGGAACGAAAAGCCUCCUUGUCGAACGCAUUGCAGCACAAUUAGCGUUACAGCCGGGUAGUGACAAAAGGGUUGCCAAUCCCACUGGUUCCAUCCCCAGUACCAACGCCAGUCAAAAUCCCAAUCGACAUGUCGACAGUGCGUCGAAAGCAAACAACCAUUCCAGUCAGAGUUCAUCUACAUGCAAGACCCUAAAUCCACACUCUGGCUCAAAGCCAUGGAGUAUUCUCAGUAUCGACAUGGGGAUUCAGAACCUGGCAUUCGCACACCUGCAUCUUCCCCGCUCCGGUGCAACUGAUUAUGCAAAUCCACGAGUCCCAGUGCUCACAGCCUGGCAUCGAUUAGCAGUAUCCGAGAUCUCGAGUCUCAACCUGACAGGCAAUGAGAACAUUCAAGCCAGGACAUCGCAGCCCAAAUUGUCGGAUAUGCUUGCGGAGAAGCCUGCGAAGAAAUCUACUAAAUCAACGUCCAAAUCAAAGGAAGUAGAAAACUUCUCCCCAGAUAUCUAUGCUGGAAUCGCAUAUAAUUUAUUAAAAUCACUUUUAACGGCCUACCGCCCAACGCACAUUCUCAUUGAGCGUCAGCGCUUCCGCUCAGGCGGUGCCAGUGCCGUGCAGGAGUGGACGCUGCGGGUCGGCGUCUUUGAAGGGAUGCUGUAUGCAGUUUUGCACGCACUUCGAAUGGAGAGAGGAGAUGUCAUUUCUGUCCAAGGCGUCGAGCCAAAGAGAGUAGUGAGAUACUGGCUUGAACCGUCUGCCAGAACUGAAGAUAAGAAGCUCAAUGCCCGCGAAGUCAAGAAAGCCAAGAUUGAUAUCGUUGGGAAGUGGAUUUCUGCUGCGCAGGAUGCAUCUUCCAAACCGCAAUCCGAGUCCACAGAAGAGACUCAGAAAUUGAUCCCCGGUAUUGCUUCGUCAGAAAAGGUCUUUUUGGCAGAUGCAGCUCACUCGCCCGCUCUGAGUGGUGUUGUGGGUGAGUAUAUGAGGAAAUGGCGGGGAGAGUCUAAGAAGAGGAAGCCUCGUACUGUCAAGGGCACGUCAUCAGCGCCUGGCCCGGUAACAGCGGCUGAAGAGGUGGCUGUCGAUAUUGGCAAAUUAGACGAUCUGGCAGAUUGUUUGUUGCAGGGUGUGGCAUGGAUUGAGUGGCAGGCCAUGCGAGAACGCAUCGCACAGGAGGGACCUGAGGUCUUGGAUGAUCUAUAG